AACUCACGUGGUUUGUCUGUUUAUGUUGUAUAUACACAUAUACUCGCAUUAGCAGCCGGCUUUUUUACAUUUGUGCUGCAUGCCGAUGACAUUGUAGUUAAGAAACAAAAUGAGUCUAUUUAUGAGAUCUUCUAUUUGUUUUGCUCAAUGCACCAAACGUCUACUCAACAAUGCAGUUCCAGCUUCUGCUAAAAAAAGUUACAACCGACCUGCAAUAAGAAAAGUCUUUCGCAUGGACCAAAUUCGAGAAAAAGAAUUAAUGAUCAAUAAAUUAAUGAUUGAUGCUCAAAAUAAUAAUGAUGAAAAAAAUAUUGACAAUGAUACGUGGACAGCCAUUCGUGAAGAAAUGCAAAAAGAGUUUCCUGAUUUGAAUGAUAAAAUAGAUUCUAUUAUCUAUGACCUAUGUCUAAGUUAUGGCAAACCUCAAGCAGCAAUAAACUUUUAUAAAUAUUUAAGAGCUAAUAAUGUUGAACUGCAAUUAAAUAUUGUUGGGAAGUAUCUACGAGCUUACUCACAAUUGAGGAGACCAGUUACUAAAGACGAAGAGAGGGAUAUUUUAGAAACAUAUAAUGCGUUAAGAGAAGACUAUCCAUUACUGGGGGCAAAAUCCUGUGAAGAUUGUAUAGUUGCUUUAUGCAUGACAAAGCAUUGGGAGCUAUCAUUUGAAUUAUUAGAUAUGAUAUGUGAAUUUCAAGAGCCAGGUCCAUUAGUGCAUUCUGCUAUUAUGACAGCAGCUUUUAAAAAUAAUGAUCCACAAAAAGCUUGGAAAUUAGUCAGUGGCAAAACAAUACCGUUAACUUCAUCUGUACACAUCAGUUAUUUGGAUUAUUGUCAAAGAAAUUUCAAGGGUGAAAAAUUGAUCAAUAACGUUCAGAAAAUGCUCCAUUUUUGGAGAGAUCAAAAUUUAGUCCUGAAUCAAGUAGUUGUUGAUAAUUAUAAAACUUUCUUUGAAUCAUUGAAUUAUGUUACAUCUAAAACUUCAGUCUCAAAAGGUGGAAUUUGUUCAGCGUGUAAAACACAACUAACUCAAACUACUCUUUCUCAAGACGAUUUUAAAAUACUUUCAGAUUCAGUAAUGAAAAAAUUGAUUGUAGGUAAAAAUGUAUUUUGUACAACAUCACCACAAGAAUUAAAAAGAUAUAUGCUGUUUAUCAAGUCCAUGAAAUCAUACGAUAUUGUCAUUGAUGGGCUAAAUGUUGCUUUUGCAAAACGCAAAUUUCAAAAUAAAGGUUCUAUUAAAAAUAUUAUAGAGGUAGUGAGAUAUUUUCAGAAAUAUUCUCCUAAAAAAGUUUUAGUUGUUGGUAGAGCUCAUAUGAACUGGUGGUCAAAGGAAGAAAUGGAAUCAUUACGAAGUGUAGCUGAUGUGUUUCUCACUAAAAACUUGUCAGCAGAUGAUCCAUUUUUGUUACAUUUAACCCUCUUAAGUGGUUCCAAUACUUAUUUUGUCUCACGUGAUUUGAUGAGACAACAUUUACAUCUUCUUCGAGACUCAAAAUUGAAAAGGCUUUUCAAACGAUGGCAGAUGUCUAGGCAAUAUCUUUUUAAUACAGAUACUGAAACUAAAAAUAUCAUACUUCAUCCACCUCCCGAGUUUGAAUUGAAUACACAAGAAGAUAUGAAUGGAAUCCAUAUCCCAUUUACAGAGCUUGAAUCUCUUAUAUUACCUCGUAGUUACACUGUUCCGGAAAAUUGGCUAUGUGUGAGAAAAAGGUAGUAGUU